ACCCUUUACUCUUAAAAAAAACAAGUAUUCUUCAGCUCCCUCACAUUUUUGGGUAGAGAGCUCUUCGUUUCUGUGGUCUAAAGUACUCUAACAAGGUUUACUCUCCACCUCCAGGCUCCAGCAUAAGUUUUGGUGAGUCGACUAAAGUAGCUAUCUUUGAUGUCUGGGUUUCAUUUUGGAUUACAGAUCUGUUCAGCUGUUCUCAUCUCUUCGUGAUCCCGAUAUUCAGGUUCACGAUUGACAUACUGUUUCAGAAGCAGACUUCAUUCUAAUCCCUAUCCCCUAUUUCAACCAUCUUGGGGUUAUGCCUUACUUAUUUGCUCUUUAAUUUUCAUCUAUCUUUAAUUUAUGGUGAGGAAAAGGAGAGAUCGAUUCAGUGAGCUUCCGGUUGAUUUACUUGACAAGAUUUUAGGAUGCAUGCCCAUUUUGCACGCAGCUAGAUUGGCUGUUUUGUCUACUCUCUGGAGAGAUGCUUGGUUCAGUCUUACAGCACUCGACUUUGAUGAUGGCUUCUCUCGUCACAUAAGUGACAAGUAUAAUGCACACUAUGCUGAUAGUGAUAGAAGGACACAGAGAGCAAUAUAUGACAAUGAUAACGUUGAUAUCCUGAUUUCUAUGAGUUUUUAUAUAAUCAACAAAGUGCUGAUGCAUCACAAUGGACCGAUUCACAAAUUUUGCUUUGGAGUUCACAAUUUUGAGCGCGAUUCACUUGGGUCACGAGUACUUGACAUCUAUCAAUGGCUCACAUUUGUCACACAAAAAGGUGUUGAAGAAAUUCGCCUCAAUUUUGAUAAAGAUGACGGAUUCUUACUACCAAGCUGCAUCUUUUCUUGCAAAACUCUAAGGAAGUUGCGCCUUUAUGGAUCAUCUUAUGACACAUUAAGUGCCCCUUGUGUGUUACCAAAUUUCACUUCACUUUAUUUUGAUGAAGUUGAAUUUGAGCAUAGUGGUCAUACAAUUGAUGCUCCCAUGCUUGAAAAUCUGUCAUUUUUCUCAUGUUAUGAAACGUUGUUCCAUUUUAACGUUACUGCUCCAAGACUUAGUACGUUAACAUUUCAAGGUUGUUCCUAUGACCGAAUCAAAGGUAAUCUUCCAGUUAAAUACUCGACUUGGGAAUCUGUUAGUACCCUUGUUCUGGACGGCUACACAAUUGAGGUAUGUUAGCCUUAUCUUUAUUUUCCUUAUCUUUUUCUCUUUUUGCAUAUGAUAUCAUGGAUUGAUUCAUGUUAGCCGACCCCGAAAUCUUUUGGGAGUAAGGCUUGAAUGUUGUUGUUGUUGUAUCUAACAUUUCUCUUUCCUUUCCAAGAAUUUUUUUGAACCCCUUAUUACUACAAGGGGGCACCACAACAUCUGUCUCAACUACUAAAUGUGGAGUACUUGAUGUUGCUUGAAGACCCAGUAGACUGCAACAUUGAUAUGCUUUUCGAAGUAGAGCAUGAUAUUUCUCUUACAUUCAUUCAUGUGCUGCAGUUAUGCCCAAAGUUGUGCAAACUUCGUAUAGAUGUAUCGGUAAUCUUAUUUUUUGGGAUAAAUAGGUCAUAAAUUUCUAGUUUUUCCCUCGAUUAUAUGGCAUUUGUUAAUGCAUGUCUGUUGUGAGUUUUAGUGAUUGAUGAGUUCAAUUUUUUGUUUGGUUUUGGGUAGCUUUUUGAAGUGAUGGAAGGUUGUUUAGGUACGCCGUCAGAAUAUUCAGGGGAGCUUUUACGUGUGGCUCAAACACUUAACUUCCUUCACACUUUGAUUUUGAGUGGCCCCAACGUAAGGACUAGUGAGAUUUGGCUCUCUGGGAUCAAGAGGUUACUUGCAUGUUUCCCAACACUUCAGAAGUUUGUCAUUGGAACUCACUUCAAUCUCAAAACUACAAAGGAAAUAUUGCAUUAUCCUCGUGCCUCCCCAAAAGUCGAAAUAUUUUUCAUAUAAAAAAUGUGUCUCAUUCUAAUGAAUUUAAUGUAGAUGUUGAUUUGUAAUUUAUUUGUUCAACAAUGCAUAUUUUGUUAAUAUGAGAAUUCUAAUAUCGCGUUUGAUAUAUUCAAAACAAUUGCCAUCUUCUGGCCUAAGAUGGAGACUGUAUUCUUGUCCAUCAGUUUGCACCAUUUGGGAUCAUGCAGUCACACUUAACUUAGUUUUUGUUUCUAUUGCAUCUAUAAGUUAUUUUUUUAAUAAAG